AUGGGGAAUGAAAGGUGUUUUUUUUGUAAAAAAAAGGUUUCAAAAAAGCAAUCCCUUUGCAGGACCAAAGGCGCCAAUUACCUCAACCCUGGCAUCGUUUAUUGCCACUGGCGUUCUUUCUACCGCGAAGUUGGUCCCUGUAUCAAUGCGGCUGGUGUUCUACAGAGGCCUUUCUUAGGCCUUCAUUAUUUUGAGACAGCAAUGUGCAAUGCAAAAAAAGAAAAAGAAUUUCCAGACGCCAAUGCCCAUGAGUAUUCCGUUAGAUCAUCGACGAUUUUAAGGGCGACAACAAAAGCAGGGAAAAUGACACCACGAUUAACGAAAAAAAAAUCUUCUUUAUCACGAUCAUUCCCGAGGAGGGCUGGUGUAUAA